UUGAGGAAUGGGAGCGCGCCGACAUAGAUGAUUGGAGAAGCGUUGCAGCUACUCAGGCCACAGCGCGGCCCACUCGACCCAGCAACUAUUGGCGGCGUGCGGCGAGACGUAGCACAGUGGGACAAAUGGGUCUUUUUGUGGACAAAAAUCGCUAGACGGCGUAAUUCUUAAGGGGUAACACUACUGUAGAAUUUUCAGAAAAUAAAUUUUUUUUUAUUGGCUUAAAAAAUGCUUUGAACCUUCUAAAAUAUGAGGCAAAAAGUCUAAUCCCUGAAAAAAAAUUUGUUCUAUGGAAUUCCGAGCUCCUCCCCUAGCGCCUCGAAUGACCCGAAACGGCCUAUCUGCGCCAACUUGAUACCCGCUGAGAAAUAAUUCUGAGGUGCAAAAGAAAGAAUGCAUUGAUCACGUGCAGAAUAGAAUGGGGACCCGAUUGAGAAAUUAAAAAAAAAAGGUAAAAGGCGGAAAUCGGUGGAAAAGGUAAAUUAAUUGGCAAAUUAAUUGGUCAGUUGACAAUUUAUUAUGGUUUAGCCAUACGUCGUAAUCCGAAUAGUGUGAAAAAAUGAGAAAUGAAAUCUGGGCGACCUUAUUUCAUAAAUUGUCAACUGACGAGAAUCCGCAGCACGAUAAGUGCUCAGAGUCUUGGUGCAAUUGGAAGAAGGCGCAAGCGGCGAAUUCAUUGGAUACUUUCCACCAUAAAUCGCCACUUUCACAGGAAGUUUUCAAGGCAAUUAAACCGAUUUAUGAGGAGCUGAGCCGAGAAGAAUUAUUAAACCGUUGCUUAGGAGGUUAUACACAAAAUAGCAAUGAAAGUUUCAAUGCUGCAGUUUGGAAUUUGGCUCUAAAAUCGUAUUCCAGCGGCAACAAAGUCUUGAACAUAGCGACAGAUAUUGCUGUGUGUGUUUUUAAUGAUGGUGUGACGAAUAUUCUACAGAUUAUGAAAGUUAUGGAGAUGGACAUUGAUGCGGCAAAGAAGGCACGUUCCAACUUAAAAUCGGCCAGGAAACAAACUGAGGAGGAAAAUUUGAACUUGGAAGGGCAACUUUAUCUUAGAAUAGCAGAUUAAUGAUUCAAAUUGGCACCAGUUAUAGUGCGUGCCGCAGAUCGCCUCAAAUUCAACAUGCCUCGGGAGAAUUGCUGCAGUGUCGCCAUUUUGUAAUAUUUUCCUACAAAAAUUUUUUAUAAUAUACUUAAAUAUAUGCUCAAUAACUACCCCAAGUAUUAUUUCUUUAUCACCUUUCCUUCCGCCCAAAAAAAAUUGUCAAAAAAACGCUUUCUUAGUCCGUUACAGUAGUGUUACCUCUUAACCGUUUUCAUGCUUUUAUUUUUAAUUUACUUGCGAUGAAUUGCUCUACAAUCGUAUCGAGCCCAUUUUUUAAAUUAGGCCCUCAAUUCAAAAUGGCGGACGUGCAAAUUUGUCAAAUGUAUAAAACCUGUAAAAUAUCGAAUAUUUUUGGAUCGGACAAAGUUUAUACAGGCUUUAAGGCCUCCGAGAUACAUAUGUAAGAUCGAAAUUCUCAGUUUUUGUCAGUGGAGAGGAUCUGCAGUGGCCCGAUAUAUUUUAUACCUGCCUGAUAUCCCCACAUUAUCAAUGU